AGACUAUAGAGUCUAUCGACUCGUUUCCGCAGGACUGGACGAUUGCUCUGUAAGUGCUACUGAAGGCAAAACUUGUGUGGAAACAUGGGGAAAAGGAAGUCAAGGGCGAAGCCACCUCCGAAGAAGAGGAUGGACAAGCUUGAUACUGUCUUCUGCUGUCCUUUCUGCAAUCAUGGAAGCAGUGUUGAGUGUCGAAUUGAUAUGAAGAAUGCGAUUGGGGAAGCCGUAUGCCGGAUUUGUCAAGAGAGUUUCAGCACAACUGUCACUGCUUUGUCUGAACCCAUUGACAUAUACAGUGAAUGGAUCGAUGAAUGUGAGCGGGUCAACAACCAUGAAGACGACGCUGCAUAGGCACAUUGAUGCUGCAAGUUUAUUGCUGGAAGGGAAGUUGCAGAAGUGGCUAUAAGGU